AUGCCCGCACCCACAGAAUUCGCGAUUUCUGUUCAAUCUGAUGACCCAAAGAGGAAGGAGAAACCCGCAGAUAAAGAGAAUGCCAAGCCAUUUAUUGAUGCAAAGGAAGGAGAGGACCUGUCAGAAGAGGAUCUUCAGUUGAAGAACGAACUGGAGAUGUUGGUGGAACGGCUCAAGGAGCCAGACACCAGUCUAUACCGCCCUGCGUUGGAGACCCUUCGGACACUCAUCAAGACCUCCACAUCAUCGAUGACCUCCGUACCUAAACCCCUCAAAUUUCUUCGACCACACUACCCUGAUCUCCAAUCCUUGUAUGAAACCUGGCCCGUGUCAGAAGACAAGAGCCUCUUCGCUGAUAUACUUUCGGUACUCGCCAUGACAUAUUCCGACACGCAACCUCGCGGCACCCUUCGAUACCGCCUCCUUGCAGAAUCGCUUCGACUUUCGUUAUCACCUCUACCAGACCCCGGAGAUUGGGGGCACGAAUAUGUUCGUCAUCUAGCAGCCGAAUUGGGCGAGGAAUAUACGCUUCGGGAGCAAGGUGAUGAGCCGGGGUCAGCGGACAAGGACGUGGAGGGAGAGAGUGCGAAAGAUGCGCCUCCUCUCGUUGGUAACGUGGAGGAUCUGCAGAGUUUGGCGAUGAUAUGCGCUAAGUUUUUACUUGGGCACAAUGCGGAGCCAGAUGCGGUUGAUUUAUUGGAGGAAUUGGAAAUUGUGGAUCGAAUUCCAGAACUCGUCGACGUCAACACGUAUUCGAGAGUAUGCGCGUAUAUGAUUGCGUGUGUCAACCUGCUACCUCCACAAGAUGACGUCGCGUUCCUGCGCACCGCACAUACCAUCUACGUACAGCAUCACAAGUUCCCUGAAGCCCUUGCCCUUGCCAUUCGUUUGAAUGAUUCUGAGCUCAUCAAGGCGGACUUCCAUGCGCCAAACAACCCGUGCGUAACUAUGAAACGGCAGCUAGCAUUCAUCCUUGCACGCGCGCAAAUCCCACUGGAAUGGCUUCAGACCUCUUCUGCGGAUGCCGAUGCGGAGGAUGAAUUGUCACAAGAACUCAUGGACUGCUUGUACAACACCAAUAUAAGCAGACAUUUCCGGGAAUUUGGGAAGGAGGUCGGUGUGGCAGAUGCUCUGAACUUGGAAGAUGUGUAUAAAAGUCAUCUCGAGAACACGAGAUCAUCUACCGCCAACGUUGACUCGGCACGAGCGAAUUUGGCGGGCACAUUCGUGAACGCGUUCGUAAAUGCCGGAUUUGGUAACGACAAGUUGAUGGUCGAAGCGGACGAAGGCAGCAGUUGGAUCUAUAAGAACAAGGAUCAUGGCAUGAUGUCUGCUGCGGCCAGUCUUGGCUUAAGUCUACUCUGGGAUACAGAUAUCGGAUUGAGUCAUGUGGAUAAGUACACGUACUCGUCAGAAGAGUAUAUCAAGGCCGGCGCGUUGCUUGCAACGGGUAUCUUGAAUACGGGUGUUCGCUCAGACGCAGACGCAGCGCUUGCGCUCUUGGGCGAGUAUGUCGAGAAUAAAUCUGUCCCACUCAAGACAAGCGCUAUCGUCGGCCUGUCAUUCGCUUAUGCUGGUUCUCAGCGCGAGGACAUCCUUUCCCUCCUCUUACCUCUCGUUGCCGACGACUCGGUGUCAAUGGAGAUCGCAUCACUCUCAGCUCUUGCAAUCGGUUUCAUUUUUGUAGGGAGCGAAAAUGGCGAGGCCUCAAGUACAAUCUUGCAAACACUUAUGGAACGAGAUGACAAGGUUCUCGAAGAGAAAUGGGCACGGUUUAUGGGCCUUGGACUUGCGUUGUUGUACCUUGGUGAGCACCCAAGUGACUCGUACGACGCUACGAUCGAGACGCUCAAAGCGAUCCCGCAUCAAGUUUCAAAGCAAGUGCAGAUCUUGGUCGAGAUGUGCGCCUUUGCGGGCACAGGCAACGUUCUCAGAGUUCAGUCGAUGCUCCACCAUUGUGAUGAACACAUCGAAAAGAACAAAGGGAGAUCAGAAGACGACCCCGAUAAGAAGGCAGAAGAAAGCAUGCCGAUAGACGAUACAUUCCAGGGCUUCGCCGUCCUGGGCAUCGCACUACUGGCGAUGGGCGAGGAUGUGGGAGCCGAAAUGUCCCUCAGACAGUUCAACCAUCUUAUGCACUACGGCGAGCCUGUUAUCCGGAAGACUGUUCCAUUAGCCAUUGGGCUCGUCAGCGCCUCUAAUGCACAACUCUCUGUUCUGGAUACCCUCUCAAAGUACAGCCACGAUAGCGAUCUGCAAGUUGCACUCAAUGCCAUCUUCGCCAUGGGUCUAGUCGGUGCUGGUACAAACAAUGCGCGCCUUGCGCAGAUGCUCCGUCAACUUGCUGGCUAUUACAGUAAAGAACCGGAUUGCUUGUUCGUCGUGCGGAUCGCGCAGGGCCUUGUGCACAUGGGCAAGGGUACAAUCGGCAUCAAUCCUUUCUUCUUAGAUCGGACGGUUAUGAGUCGGACGGCGGUCGCGGGUCUGUUGGCUACACUGACCGCCUUCACAGACGCCAAAGCAUUCGUGCUUGAUAAGUAUCAUUGGAUGUUGUAUUUCCUUGUGACGGCCAUGUACCCGCGAUUCAUGAUUACCCUUGAUGAGGAGUUGAACAACGCACCCGUCACAGUGCGCGUUGGCCAGGCCAUCGAUGUCGUUGGUCAGGCUGGCAAACCGCGAACAAUCUCAGGUUUCCAAACACACCAGACGCCUGUACGCCUGGCAACAACAGAACGCGCAGAGCUUGCGACAGAGGAAUUCGUUCCUUUCGCGCAUGUGCUCGAAGGUUUUGUUAUCCUGCAGAAAAAUCCAGGUUGGGAAGCAGACAAGAUGGACAUAUAG